GUCAUGUUGAAAACAUACACACGCGAGGAGCUGGAGAAGAUGUUCUAUGACGAUGAACCAGGCACGAACAAGUCUUAUAUUAAGUACUUCAACGGGAAGAUCCUGCCGCUGGCGAACGCGGGCACCAGCCCCGCCGUCGCGCCUUGCGCAGCUGCCGCCACCAUCCACGAGCUGCUGGGACAAUGCCCCCUGAUCACGUUCGACCGGUUCCAUAACGGAGGCAGCUUGGGCCGCCGCACCCUGGUCCGCAAGGACUUCGAUGUCGACCUGUCCGUGUUCGUGACCGAGUUCACGGGCCGUGUGCUGGAUUACUGGGCGGGGGACUGGAGCGGCGAGGCGGGGGAGCGGCUGCAGGUGGACAUGAUGAAAGACGUGGCGGCCUGGCUGUGCGACCAGAACUUCAAAGCGGUGGAGGUGGAGCACGGCACGCACUACAAGCACUGCAUCAACCCCGCUGUUCAGGUCAAGGUGACGGUACGCACGGGGAUGUUCACUGAGGCGGAUGUGGACGUGGACGUCAAGAUGGCCGCCAACGUGGUGCGGGGCAACGGCAGGGCGCAGCGUGAUGCUCUGAUGAAGCAGCUGUGGGACACGCCGCCGCACCUGCGCCAGGCGGACCCGGCGCGGGAGGCGGCGCUGGCGGAGGCACUGACGGCGGUGGUCAAGGAGAUCCCCGACUGGGACAAGUCCGUUGUGCGCCUUCUCAAGUGUUGGUACAAGCUCAGCGGUCUCAAGGACCGCAUCCCCUUCGUGCCCAGCGUGCUGCUAGAGGUGCUGGCGCUGGCCGCGGCGCAGCGUCUGCAAAAGCUCCCAACCCACAGCAGGCGUUUCCGUGAUGCUGAGGCUUUCCUGGCGGCCCUGGAGUUGCUGGACGCCGCCGUGACCCGCCGGGAGGUGGUGGUGCUGGAGGCGGGGCCGGUGUGGGGCUACACCCGGGCGCAGGCGGAGAGCUGCAGGCACGUGUGGCGGAAUGACCCCGUGGUGGUGCUGCACCCCAUCGACCCCACCUGCAACCUGGCGGCGGGCUGCACGGUGGAGUGGGCGGCGCUGGCGGACGAGGCUCGCACCCUGCACGAGGUGGUGCUGACCCGCAGCAUGUGGGACCUGCUGACGGACAGCUCCCUGGCGCCCGCGCUCAAGGCGCUGGAGAUAGAGAUGAAGCUGCAGCGCGAGCGGGCGCAGCAUGAGCGAGCUGUGGCCAUGCGGAAGUGAGGUGUAGGGCGGGUUGAAGAUCAUGCCGGCGGACGAGUUGGCUAUGUAGUGUCGGCACCGGGUGUGUGGGAUGUCAGAGUUGCGACGAGUGAGGCACGUUAAGGCUGGACCACGCGGUGCUUGUCCUUGGUUCACUGGGUUUCGAGUGCCAAGGUUUAUAAUCGCGGCACGCAUGCCAACCGCUAGGGCUUUUCGAUGUGCCGAU